AUGAAUUCCAUCACUGGAAGAGCGGCGUGGUAUUUGUGCAGACGCACGGCUGCCAAGGGGGUUGUGUCGGGCGGAGGAUUCCCCUUUCAGACGACGAGGGUCUGCCAUGGCGGGGCGAGCAGCAAAGGCAGCGUUAGCACCAAGAAGCGCGGCUAUGACAUCACUAGGAACCCCCACCUCAACAAGGGUAUGGCUUUCACCCUGGAAGAGCGCUUGCAGCUGGGCAUACAUGGCCUGUUGCCACCUUGCUUCUUGUCCCAGGAUGUUCAAGUGCUACGUGUCAUGAAGAGCUAUGAAACGCGUGUCAAUCCUUUGGACAAGUACAUCCUGCUGAUGACGCUACAAGACAGGAACGAAAAGCUCUUCUAUCGUGUGCUCACGUCGGACAUCGAGGAGUUCAUGCCCAUUGUCUACACACCCACCGUGGGCUUGGCAUGCCAGCAGUAUGGUCUGGCCUUCAGGAGGCCGCGAGGACUCUUCAUCACCAUCCAUGAUAAAGGCCACAUUGCAACCCUGCUCAAUUCCUGGCCUGAAGAAAACAUAAAGGCCAUUGUGGUGACAGACGGCGAGCGUAUCCUCGGGCUAGGGGAUCUGGGCAGCUAUGGCAUGGGCAUUCCCGUGGGGAAAUUGGCUCUGUACACAGCCUGUGGCGGAGUUCGGCCGCAGCAGUGCCUCCCCGUGUUGCUGGAUGUGGGAACUGACAACCAAGACCUGCUCAAUGAUCCCCUCUACAUCGGCCUGAAGCACAACCGAAUCCGAGGGAAGGAGUACGACGCGCUCAUUGACGAAUUUAUGCAGGCUGUGACAGACAAGUACGGGAUGAGCUGCCUGAUUCAAUUUGAGGACUUUGCCAACAGUAAUGCAUUCCGCAUCCUCAACAAAUACAGGAAUCGCUAUUGUACCUUCAACGACGACAUCCAAGGCACGGCCUCUGUAGCAGUGGCUGGGCUACUGGCAGCUUUAAAAAUCACCAAAGACAAACUGUCGAAUCACACCUUUGUUUUCCAGGGGGCAGGAGAGGCCGCUCUGGGUAUCGCUCACCUGUUAAUGAUGGCUAUGGCCAAGGAGGGCUUGUCUCGAAAAGAGGCCGCCAAAAGGAUCUGGAUGGUGGACUCUAAAGGUCUCAUUGUGAAGGGGCGAAGUCAUUUGAACCACGAGAAGGAGGAGUUUGCGCACGAACACCCCCACCUGAAGACCUUGGAGGAGGCCGUGCACACCAUCAAGCCCACGGCCAUUAUCGGAGUCGCCGCCAUUGGCGGCGCAUUCACAGAGAAGAUAAUCAAGGACAUGGCAUCCCACAACGACAGGCCCAUCAUCUUUGCUCUGAGCAACCCCACCAGCAAGGCCGAGUGCACGGCGGAGCAAUGUUACAACAUCACUGAGGGUCGCGGGAUCUUUGCUAGCGGGAGUCCGUUUAACAAGGUGACGCUGGCCGACGGACGCUCGUUCUACCCCGGCCAGGGAAACAACGCCUACGUGUUCCCUGGGGUGGCACUAGGCGUCAUCGCCUGCGGAGUUCGCCACAUAUCCGACGACAUCUUCCUCACCACUGCAGAGGCCAUUGCUGACAUGGUGACUGAGGAGCACUUGGCUGAAGGGCGACUCUACCCUCCUCUAAAAUACAUCAGAGAGGUGUCCUUCAAGAUUGCUGUCAAGGUUGUCAACUAUGCGUACAAGCACAACAUAGCGUCAGUGUACCCGGAGCCGAAGGAUAAAGAAGCAUUUGUCCUCUCUCACAUCUACAGCCCAGAUUAUGACUCAUUCACACUGGACACGUAUGCUUGGCCACAGGAAGCUAUGAACGUGCAGGGCGUGUGACCAGCGCAGCCUGAAAUAGUACAUACAGUACUACUAAUAUUUGUAUGUUUUUUUUUUAUUAUAACUCCAUUUCUUUCCUUAUAACUUUGGUCAAAGUUUCGUUGCAUAGCAUAUGAAGCUCAACACAGCACUCCCGUUUCUUGACUGAAUGUCUCCAUGGAAACAAUGACACACAAUGUCGAUUACUGCUUUCAUAAAACAUGUCUUUCUACCUUGUCCAGUAACAUCCCUAACCAAUGUCCUCAUUUUACACCUAGCAGGCAUUUCAGCCUGAGCGAAUAGCACUCCCUUCCAAACAUUUAUCAUUUAUGUCAAAAUGCAGUGUUGUGACAUUUUAAAGUGUGUUGAUGAUGUUCAGUGCUUGAAGUUUUUAAAAUGAAAAAUAAUGAACUUUUUCAAAGUCUCAAAGUGUUUUUUACAACUGUCUUAUCUAACAACAACACACACAUUUUUGAAUUUAGUAGAAAUGUAGUGCAACAAAAAUGUCACAAGGGGUUGGAAAAAAAUUAACUGGCCACAUUAUUGAGUGCACUGAAUGCUUAUUGUGGCCAUGAAAUACAAAUUUGUGCUCCUGUUUAUCGCAUUACAAUUAAUUUGUAUGUGCUCAAUCAUCAGAAUGUGGCUGGGGAAAGUUGAUAUUAAAAUAGAAUGGUAAU